GAAACAGUGAUAUUCCUAGACUAAUUUCUUAUAGUAUCGAAAAAUAAAAACAAUUGUGUAAAUAAUUUGAAAAUUAAAAUUAUUUAAUUAAAAUGGGGAGAAAGCGAAAAGUUCCCGUGGCUAAUGAGGAAAAAGAGAAUGAGGAGGAACAACAACUUAAUAAUACAUCAACAAAUCAAAUGGCAAUGUUGAGUAAUGGUCCAAUUUAUACAAUUAUGUCCAAGGUGCAAUUAAACGAAACAUUUCACAAAAAAUAUAUCAAGGAACUGAAGCAACUGUACGAAAAGACGAAUCAUGAUGCCUUUAUUUUUACUUUUGUGAAAAUGAUAAAAACAGCAAUGGUGGCCGAAGAAACAAACGAGUUUGCACACACAACUCUCUUAUUCUGUGCUAAAUUUGUAAGUUCAUUUGAAGGCAAUGAGACCCAUGCUCUACUGGCCGAUAUAUGUCGUUGGCUGUUAACCACUAUUUCAAAUAAUCCACACAUCCGCUUUCGUCUCUGUCAAUUUGUUAAUAUGAUUCUAAAUGCUCUUGGGAACGAAGCAACUUUAGAUGAUAUUAUUUGUGACAGCAUCAUGGAAUAUAUGGUGGGGCGUUUAGUUGACGUUUCACCGAGUGUACGUGUACAGGCUAUAUUAGCAAUGCAACGUCUACAAGUCCCCGACAACCCAGAUGAUCCUGUGUUGCGUUCAUAUCAAUAUCACCUCUGUUCAGAUCCUUCCCCUCGUGUCCGACAAGCUGUUAUUACUUGCAUGGGUAGAAACUACCACACUAUACCUUAUAUUCUAGACCGUCUUUGGGAUAUUGAUGAAAAAGUUCGUCGACAUACAUAUCUUCAUAUGAGUAGUUAUCCAGUUCGAUCAUACAAGGUAUCGCAACGUUUAACUCUGCUCGAACAGGGCCUUAAUGACCGCUCUGAAUCAGUGCGAAAAGUUGUAACAAACGUUUUGUUGCAACAAUGGAUAGAAUCAUAUCAAAAGGAUCUGGUAGCUCUGAUAGGCGCCCUCAAACUUGAUGCAAACGAGGUAGAAAUAAAUCGUUAUCGUAAAAUUGGAAAACAAGUUCUGCGUGAAAUUUUCAAGCGACAAUACAAGGCUGAUAUUGUUGCUUGCUUGUGUCUUGACGAGGAUGGUGGUGAAUUCUAUCGUUGUGUACCUCAUGAGAGACUCAAUUUGGAGAUGUCUUUUUAUUGGCAAUGUCUGACGGAAUAUUUGCAAAAUGAGAUGGCUGAAGAGUUGGACCAGGUCAUACCAGAAUUAAGUAUAUUCUGCUCUUAUGUUGAGUCCUACUGUCAAACUCGUAAAGUUGAAAUGGAUAAAUUUGAAGCAAUGGAGUUUCAGUAUAUUCUCCUCUCGCUUAUGGAGAUUCUGUACACCUUUGAUUUGGGAGAUGAAAUUGGACGUGGUAAUUUGCAGAAACUUUUACAACAUCUCCUCAAAAAUUGUGCAUUAGAUGAAAAAGUCAUUGAAGUUAUUGUAAAAUGUGCAGAGAAUUUAAUAACUGAUCAAAACACGCGACAUCAGUUCUUUUUAGAUAUAAUUCAUGACAUAUGUGGUCUAAAUGCAAAGCAACAUGACUUGGUGCACGAUAGAAAUCUGAUUAGUGAGUUGCUGGCCAACUCAACUGAUGCCGAUCUAAAUUUAAAGCUGUCAUCACUCAAGGUAAAGAUAUUAGAUUUAGAAGAGCAAGAGAUGGAUUAUGUGCAAAUGAAGGACUAUGUGAGAGCACAACAAAUAAUAGAAGAAAAAAAUAUUGCAACUGAGGAAUUCACAAAUCUGUUGAGACCAUUAUUAGAAAAACGCAAUAGCAAUUCUGGCGAUUCAGCGCAACCACAAUUUUCUAAAGUUGUAAAGCACGAUUACAUAUUACGUAGUUUACAAAUUACUUAUUACAUGGUGGUGUCAAAACGUGUUAAGGUAUUAGGCCACAACAUUUGCCGAUUAUACAAUGAAUUUAUUUUUCGCCAUAUUGCCUCGAAUCAAAUUGCAAUUCGAGAUUGGGCUUUGAAGUGUGGGGCGGCUUUCAGUAUGCUUUAUGAGCCUUUGGCAAAAGAUGUGUUUGAUGAACUUUAUGCUCAGUUCUUCAAAAAUCAUAAUAUUCGAAUAUGGGAAACUGCCAUAACGAGCAUAUUCGAACUGCUUGACCGUUAUGGUGUCGACAAUUUUGCUGUUCAAGAGGAACAAAAUAAAGCAAAGAAAACCGGUCGACAACUUUAUAAUACGCUCGAGUUUAUCGAUGCCGACGAUGACACUCGACAGUCCACAACAUUGGGACAAGGUGUUGGAGUUAUUUAUAUGAUGUCACAUUUUCUCGGUUCUUGUGAUGAUAUGUGCAUUGUGCGUGCCAUUAUAAAUGGUUUCUGUCGAUUAGUUCUACACGGUCACAUCGAUAAUCGUGACAUUAUUGAAAAAUUACUGUUGCGUUAUUUCAAUCCAGCAACAGAACCAGAAAUAAAUCAAAUAUUGGGCGUUUUUCUGGAGAAUCUCAUUCAACACAGAAAACAAAACCUUCUGCAACCAUGUCUAAUGAUAACUGUAAAUUCAGUCCUCUCGGCACCAUACGACAGUCCAUUGCACGAUAUUAGACCCGAAACUAUUACUCGCUUUAUAAUAGAUGCCACCCGCCCAGAUGCCAUCUCAGGAAAUAAUUGUGAGAAUUCGCACAAUAACUUGGCGUCGAUAUUUUUAAAUGAAAUGGUCAAUAACUCCAAUAACAAAGAUCUUUGUAAACUUUUGGCUAAAGAAUUAACAACACUAGAAGUCAAUGUAAUGCAACAAGAGGAACUUAAAAAAGAAAUGAAAGAGCUAUCUGAUAAAUUACUAUUGAACAAAUUUGAUCCCAGAACUGUGAAAUGUAUCAUUGACUUCAAAGACAUGCUCGAUGGAGUUUUUAAUCCACCUGCAAAAGGAAUAAAUGAAGAAGUGGAAUCAGAUGAUGAAGAUGAUGAACCCGAAAUAAAUCCGUCUGAGAAGAAUAUGGAAACUGAAGCAACCGAUACAUUGUCCGAAGUCAAUACUGAAACAUCAGCGACUGCUCUCGUAUCAGAUUGUAUAGAAAAUACAGUAAUAUCAGAAGAAACGACAAAUUCGCAAAAUGAAAGCAAUAACCAUAGUACACUAGUAGAUAGCCAAAUUACAGUUGUUUCGCCCUCAGCAUCAAGCAUGCCUACAACAUUUGGGAGUGAGAAUAUUACAAACCAUCGGUUUUUAAGGAAAUCUCUCAACCUUUCUCGAAACAAUUCAAUUGAUAGCAAUGGCACUCCUGGUAAUGAUAACAUAGUUAGACCUAAUAAAAUAAGAAUUGAAGCCCGAAUUGACUCUGACAAGAAGUUAAAAGAACCUAAAAAAAAUUCUGGACCAGACAAUUCCUCAGUCAGGCGAAGUCUACGAUAUAGCAAGCGAAAUAAAAAUCAAAAUAAUAAUGAAAAGGACGAUACAGAACUAUCCCAACCUAAACCUCGAGAACCGGAAAUAAUUGAAAAGAUUUUACAUAGCCCUACAAAAUCUAAAAUAUCUUCAAAAUCUCAAAAUGAAUUACGCCUCUCAUCUGCAAACCAAACACCGGAAAAACAGGCUGAAAAUACUUUAACACCGGGGAAAGAUGCGCUACCCGAAAGUAACACGGUAGCUAAAGGAAAAAGCUUCACAGAAACUUCAUUUUUACGACAUGAAAUUCGUACUGAUAAAGAAAGUACCCAUGAUAAGUCCGAUGUUACAUCUGAGGAAGAGCUGGAUAUAUCUGAAGUAAUACCGGAAUCUCCGACAGCUAAAUCUCCGAAGGCUAUUUCGGGAACAUCAUCCCGUUUGCGGGUAAAUUCAACAAUGCGCCCUAUGCGCAGUCGUACAUUUCGCAAUGUUUCCCAACCCAUUGGCAAAAAAAUGGAUACAUCAUCCUCACUUAUUACGGUAGCAUCCACACCAUUACGAAAUGGACGCAAGCGUGUUUUGCGAACGUCGCCUAAAUUAUAUGCUUCUACAGCCAUGUCCUCGCCUGUUAGAAAGCAGCCGUGUAUUGAAAUAGAUACGACCGAUACAUCAAGCGUUACAUCUACUCCAUGCAGCACCCGAAAACGUAGAUUUAAAAAAAUUCCAUCAAUAUCAAUCGACUUACAAGCGACAUCGCCAGUAUUAAAGCAGUGCAGUCUGGAGGAGGAAAAUGCUACUCCAAUCACAACAACUACAAGUCAUUGUGUUACAAGCCCUACAGCAAAUAAAGAAAAUGUUGUAGAUAAAAGAAAAUCAAUAUCUAAUAAUAGUAAAUCAGACACCAGUAUUAUCCAAAAUGACCCCAAGAAGACACCAUCGAAAGAACAACCGAAACUAAAUAAAAGUGUGUCCACAAGGAAUUCAGCGAAAAAGGAACUUAGAUCUAAAAUGAUUAUGACAAGAAAAAGGCUUUCUCAAGAAAAUCUAUCUAUUCAAUCAACAUAUGCAAAACCAAACACAAAAUCAGAAAUUGGAAAGAGUCGCAUUCCUGUUAGAUCGAAAACGAAGACGGACAAACCAGUGGAAAGCACAAUUGAAAAGAAAUCAUUUUCCAAAAAUCCGCGAUUAGUCUCUGCUAAAAUACCUGUGGGUCGUUCAUUGCGUUUAAGGAUGACUCCCCUAGCACCAUCCUCUACUUCAACAAUUUCUACACCCAUCACAUCAGUGGCUAUAGGGAAAUCUACACGUCGACGUAAUGUAUAAGAAAUCAUAAGAAAUUAGUUUGAAUCUGUUAUAAAUUAUGUAGUGAAUUACUUAUCAUUAUUAUUAUUACUAUUGUUUACGUAAGUAUAUCUAUUUUGCAACUUGUGUUAGUUUUACAUACAUAAUUAUAUCUUAUACUUUACAUUGUUUAUUGUUUACAUACAAAAUUUAAUAAAACAUUUACAAUUGCUUAUCUAUAUAUGUAAAAA